GCUGCUAUAAGAAUAGAGCAAGGAUAAAUAACGUCACAUUCCUGAUAUUAAUACUUUGUAAUUAAUUAGCACAAUAUGCGGUGCUUCGGAAUGUGGAAUCUAACUUUGCUGUUUCUUUGUAGCCUCUGGGGAGAACUGUGAAGUUGGGGACAGAUGGUGCUUUCCUGUUUUCUCUGGAAAGCCUGCUAACCCAAGUCAGGGGGAAAUGGAGCAGCUAAAGGACUUCCAGCCCUGGCACCGAACUGCUUGUGGGUAGGAGGCCCCUACACAGAGAAAAAUAAAAGAAUAGUGAUAAAUAAAAAGAACAGAGCUCACAAACCCCCAAUAGCAACAAAAGACCAGUGUGCCAGUUGUGAAAUUAUCCUUUGUGGGGUUCAUGAGAGGGUCAGAUCACACAUUUCUCUUCAGGAUUCUUGUCUUAGUAGGGGUGACAGAGGGGCCUCUGUGUGCUCUGUAGGCUUCUUCCUCCUCCCAAAUGCAAGCACAGCUAUAGAAAAUCUUGAGGACAAUUUCCAAAGGGGAAAAAUCAGACUUCUGAGGUGUCAAGGGAAUGGUGUAUUUCAUAGACAAUGAAGAUAAUGGGAUAUUAUCUACAUAUCAAUGCCCUGGCUAGGAAGGUAGCAGACAGGAAGAAACAGUAAGAAACUGGGCUCUACAAUGCUGAGUACUGGAUUGGGGCACUGCAACUCCUCUCAGCAGGCAGUAAACAGAAGAAGUGCAUUACUUCUGAAUGCAGGAGGGGAGCUUUAAGGCCCUUCUGAUAAAUCAGCUUAGAGACGUGUCAGCACAAAUGGCAAACAGCAACUGGUUCCAAAUUCAGAGUAAGGCAACGGGUUCUGAUAAUCACAGAACCAGAACUCCUGACUUUUCAUCUCUGUUCUGCCUCUGACUGCCGAUGUGCCCUUGGGUGAGUCACUUCACCUCCCUGAGCCUCAUGUUCCCCUCCUUCAGAAUUGGAGUGAUACUAAUUUACCUACUCCUGAGGAGAGCAGUGAUGCUUAAAUCAGUCACAUUGAACAAGUGACAGACAGAUUAUUCUUGUUUCUUGUUUCUGAGGCAUCUGCAGAGAUGUAGCCACGUCUGCAGAAUGCAGUAUCCCUUUGCUACACUAUUUUCAGAUUGGUAAUGAAUGAUGUACAUCAUGCGCAUGAAGAGCACUAACUCCCGAACUGCUCUGUCGGGUAUGUGCACCAGGAUCCAUGUACGUGGAUCUGGGGAUGCAGCUAGGUGAAAAGGACUAUUGCUAGGUCUCUGCUUCUAUCCAUGUAAACAGUCUCAUAGCUUCAGAAAUCCAUGUGCUUUCCUAGAUAGGGCUUAUCAUUCAGAACACCCCGACUGGGUAAGGCACAGCCAAGACCAGGGGUAAGACUAACUACAUAUAUCUGGAAAACAUCAGUUUCGAGACUUCUGGCACACUGGACAUCAGGCCUGCUACAGUUACGGCUAAGGGACUAUGCACUCCUCUCUGUGUAUAAGAGAGGCGCUAGCCUGGAAUGAAUAGCAAGGGUUAUUGGAACAAAGAAAUCAGAGGACAUCUAUGAGAUACAGGAAGCACUAUCUGGUAAAAAGAAAAUUCAAGGCUAUGGGCUGCCGGUCAAUGCUACUAGACUGUAUAGUAGACUAGAUACAUUAAAAACUGACUAAUUAAGACAGAAUUUGUGUUAUAUUUAAUUUUUACUUUAAGUAGUUCUGGGGCUUUUAAAUGGAAGAGUCUCCUUUCAGAGCAGUCUCCAAGAGUUUAAUACACAGGAUAUAACAAUAUCGAAUUCCCUGCUCUAGGUCCUCUCUGCUAUAAAGGAGAGAGGCCAAACGGGCCGUCGCUCUUUUGUUUAUGAACAGGCUGGGGGAGGGGGUUUGGCAGAGGAGCCACGAGGGAGUAGAGCUAGAGAGGUCAGAGCAAUGCUGUUUGGUAAGGAGGCAGGGAACACACAAGACAGCUGAGUCAGGGCCUGGAUUUUCCUGCUGUAAUGAGCAGCGGUCAGGGAAGCGCCAAGGAGUUCACUACCAGUUUUUUUAGAUUCUGAGAUCUGAAGGCAACGCUGAAAAAACCAGAGAAUGGAAGGGAAAGUCCUAUAUCUCUACUUGGUGAUGACAGCCAUCAUCACCACUCUGCAAUGCCAGGAGCUCCGGGUGCGCCUCAAACGGGGAGCCAGAUCUAAAGCCACUUGCACCGACCGUUCAUCUCGACAGAUUUACCAGCAGAGAGAGACCUGGCUGCGUCUCAUGGGAGGCAGAGUUGAAUACUGCGCGUGUGACAAUGGCCGGAGCCGUUGCCACAGUGUGCCUGUCAGAAGCUGUGCUGACCAGAAAUGUUACAACGGGGGUCGGUGUAAGCAGGCAUUAUAUUCCCCUCUACACUUCAUCUGCCAGUGCCAUGCAGGCUUCUCAGGGAAGCACUGUGAGAUCGAUAUGGAAGCCACAUGUUACAAGGACUUGGGAGUAACAUACAGGGGGACAUGGAGUGUGACAGAGAGCGGGAGUGAGUGUUUAAACUGGAACAUCAGCGCCUUGGCUCAGAAAAAGUACAAUGGGCAGAGAGCAGAUGCUGUUCAACUGGGACUUGGCAAUCACAACUACUGCAGGAACCCAGAUGAGGAUGCCAAACCCUGGUGCCAUGUCUACAAAGGAGGGCAGUAUACCUGGGAAUACUGCAGCACACCGGCUUGCUUAAAAGGAGGGAAGGAGGACUGCUUUUCUGGGAAAGGCACAGAGUACCGGGGCAGCCACAGCACUACUAGCUCUGGUGCCACCUGUCUGAGAUGGGACUCCAAACUCAUUGCCCACAAAUUCUACACUGCUUGGAAGGCCAAUGCCCAACAAUUGGGGCUUGGGAGCCACAACUUCUGCCGAAACCCAGACAAUGACUCCAGGCCAUGGUGCCACGUGCUGGAGGCAGGCCAGCCCAAGUGGGAAUACUGUGACGUGCCUGCCUGUGCCACCUGUGGUCUCCGGCAGCAUAAAGUGGCCCAGUUCCGAAUUAAAGGCGGCCUCUAUGCAGACAUCACCUCCCACCCGUGGCAGGCUGCCAUUUUUGCCAGGUAUCGACGGGUGACUGGGGAGCAUUUCCUGUGUGGAGGAAUCCUGAUCAACUCCUGCUGGGUCCUGUCAGCUGCACAUUGUUUCCAGGAGAGGUUUAGUGUCAACCAGCUAAAGAUUGUGCUGGGUAGGACCUAUCGAAUGGUCCCUCAGGAGAACGAGCAGCAAUUCCAAGUGGAGAAAUACAUCCUGCACAGCAAAUUUGACCCAGAAACUUAUGACAAUGAUAUUGUUCUGUUACAGCUCAAGUCUGGGUCAGAAGAGUGUGCUAGUGAAACAGACACUGUCCGCCCUGUCUGCCUCCCUGAGCCAGGAUUCCGGCUGCCUGACUGGACAGAAUGCGAGAUCUCUGGCUAUGGCAAGCAUGAGGAAUUUUCUCCUUUCUACUCGGAGCGGCUGAAGGAAGGUCAUGUCAGACUCUUUCCAGCUAGUCGCUGCACUUCUCAGCACCUGAGAAACAGGACAGUCACUGAGAACAUGCUGUGUGCAGGAGAUACCCGGCAACUAGAUGAUGCCUGCAAGGGUGACUCUGGAGGACCCCUGGUCUGUAUAAAGGAUAAUCGUAUGCACUUGAUAGGGAUCAUCAGCUGGGGAAUAGGCUGUGGACAGAAAGACACACCUGGUGUCUAUACCAAUGUGACUCGUUAUCUUGACUGGAUUCAGGACAACAUAAAACCCUGAAGAAGGAAACUACCACUCAAGGCCUUGCAAUCAAGCCCCAUCUCUCCCUUACGGGAGGUACUAAGGAUGCUGACAGGAGCUGCUUUUUGCAGAUGCCCUAUGAUCACUCAUCUGUAGGGGGCUGGAGCACAG